AUGUCGCUUCAGGAUCAUCCUCAGGCCUAUGGGGUCCAUAGCAACUGGGUCGUUCAAAAAUUUGGCGGCACCAGCGUCGGCAAGUUUGCUUUGAACAUAAUUGAACAGGUUGUCCAACCGAGCCUCGUGGACAAUCGAGUCGCCGUGGUCUGCUCCGCCCGAAGCAGUUCUACAAAAGCCGAAGGCACCACUAACCGGUUACUGCGGGCAGCCCGGGAUGCCGAGAACCCUCAUUCACGGGAGUAUGAACAAUUCGUCGAGGCCGUUCGCCUGGAGCACGUCCAAGUCGCCGCGGAACAGUUGAAAUCAGUGGAUCUGAAGGAUCAAUUGGUGGCCGACAUCAAUGGGGAAUGCGAACGGGUCCUCAAGGUCCUCGAGGCCGCCCAGACCCUCGGGGAGAUCAGUGCCCGUUGUGUGGACAAGGUAAUGAGUACGGGUGAGAAGCUGAGCUGUCGGCUUAUGGCCGCCUUGCUGCAGGACCGCGGGGUAGACUCACAGUAUGUGGAUUUGUCCGAGAUUAUCAAUUUCCCCAUUGGUGCGCAGGGUCUUGAUCAGGACUUUUACAAUAAAUUGGCUGCCAUCCUGGGCAAGAAGGUCGAGGAGUGUGGCCAUCGGGUCCCUGUGAUGACGGGCUAUUUUGGUACCAUCCCUGGUGGAUUGCUCGACCAGAUCGGCCGUGGCUAUACCGACCUAUGCGCCGCCCUCAUUGCUGUCGGUACGCAUGCGAGGGAGCUCCAAGUCUGGAAGGAAGUGGAUGGAAUCUUCACUGCAGACCCUCGCAAAGUGCCCACAGCCCGCCUUCUCCACGCCAUCACGCCCGCCGAAGCCGCCGAAUUGACCUUCUACGGAUCCGAAGUGAUUCACCCCUUCACCAUGGAGCAGGUCAUCCGCGCCAAAAUCCCCAUCCGCAUCAAAAACGUCAUGAACCCGAAGAGCCCAGGCACCAUCAUCUUCCCCGACUCGACUGCUGAGCUCGAACGGACCACACCUGGCCACGAUCCUCGCCUCUUCCGCACGCGCAGCCCCAGUUUCAUGCAGAAGCCGAAGCGGCCCACAGCCGUGACCAUUAAGCACAAGAUUCUUGUAAUUAACGUCCACUCGAACAAGCGAUCGCUGUCCCACGGGUUCUUUGCCGGUAUCUUCUCCGUGUUGGACAAAUGGCGCCUGUCUAUCGAUCUGAUCUCGACCAGCGAGGUCCACGUGUCGAUGGCUCUGCAUUCGGAGGUGCCCCUGUUGAAUGGAAAUGGCAGGGAUGAAUAUCAGGUCAUUGAUGAUGACCUGAAGGGCGCCCUCAAUGAUCUGGGCAAGUACGGAAUGGUUGACAUUAUCCCGGAGAUGGCCAUUCUCAGCUUGGUGGGCAAACAGAUGAAGAAUAUGGUUGGUGUGGCGGGACGUAUGUUCACCACGCUCGGGGAGAACCAUGUGAACAUUGAGAUGAUUUCGCAAGGUGCAAGCGAAAUCAACAUCUCUUGCGUCAUUGAAGAGCGGGAUGCGGAUCGCGCUCUCAAUAUCAUCCAUACAAGCAUGUUCACGUUCUUGGACUAG